AAUAGCCAAUAAGACUGAUUGUGUCAGUAGCAACGGGUUGGAUCGGGUUUAGAGUUUCAGGCCCAGGUCUUUCACACAAAUGACCAUGAGCAGCAGCUGUCACAGGUAUUCACAUCAAACGGAUAAACUCAAACACUAAACAACACUUGACAGAAAACUGUCAAGCUUAGAAAAGCGGGACCAAGGCGAACAAGGAAAAGCCCAGUGGCUGUUGUGUUACGAUUAUCUCAUGAAUCAUGUAUGAAACACAGCAGUAUGACAGUCCACCGCAGUACAGUCCACACUACAUUGCCCCAUCAAAUAUGUACACAUCCAGAAGUUUCUACUCUCAAAGAAGCGAGUAUGGCUUAUACUCUUCAGUGACUGAUGCUCCUCAAACGGAGGGAAACCCUCAGCACUUCUACAGAUUGUUCUCCCCACCUGGCAUUGUGAAAACGAUGGAGGGACUGACUGCUCUGCUUUGUUUUGUUAUUUUUGCCUGUGUUGCUUCUACUCUAGUUUGGGACAUGCACGGCUACGAGGGAAGCAUCGGAGCCUUCGCUGCUGGAUCUGGAGGCUAUGGGAUGGGAUCUGGGUACUAUGGAGGAACCUAUGGCUAUCAGAGAUCUUAUAUGACACCCUACUCAGCAAAAUCAGCCAUGAUCUCCAUGGCAGCCCUUAAUUUCGUAGUAUCUUUGGCCAUCCUAGUGGUUAGUUUCUCAAAGACUUGGUGUGUGCAUGGAAAAACGUUUUACUUGACAGUUUUAGUGGUGGAUGUGGUUCUGGCGAUUCUACAGUGUAUUAUAGACAUCAUAUUCGUCAUUGGGGUGAAUCCCAUGGCCCAGAGUUCACAAAGCAUCAUGUACAACCCCAUCCUGAUGAUGUGUCAGACCUCAUUAGGGACUCCCAGCAUCAGCGCUGGAGUUGGAGCAGGCUUCCCAGGUGCAUAUCCGUCCUUUAAUCGAUAUCUCUAUCACUACUGCUUCAUGGAUCCUGAGGAGGCUGUGGCUCUGGUAUGUGGACUGUUUGUCAUGAUUGCCCUGGCUGUUGCAGCCUAUUUUGCCUAUAAGACUCGAAGCAAAAUAUGGCGUCAUGGCAAACCUAAUAUCUACUGGGAGGAACCACCUAUCCUCAGAAUAGACAGGAGCCAGAAUUCACAAAACUGGCGAAGCACUCAAUACAUCCCCACUGUGGUUUUAUCAGAGAAGGCUUCCCCUCAUCUGAAAGCAGAGAACAGCUUCACCUCCUACACUGAGGGAACAGUGAGCGUCUACAGCGAGGGUGCAUACAAAAGCAAUGUGGAUUCUGAGAACGCGAACGGUUGCUCCCCAGAGCCAUUGUACCAGAGUCGGUGGAUGAGCUCCAACACUGUGGAGGAGGUUGAAGUGCAGAGCAGCUCGGUGCAGGAGAAACCUGAAACGUACGAGGUUGAGGAUGUGCUCUGUGAGACGGGCUACACCACUGGAGAUUCGGCCACUGAAUUAGACACAUAUGAGUUGGACGACUCUCAUUCAGAAAUUACAACCGAUGAUAAGCGCAGACAGUACAAGAAACAGUUUGAUAUCUCCCUCACUGAAUACAAGAACCUCUGUGCAGAAAUGGAUGAUAUCAGUGAUCAAAUGAAUGAACUGAGCCGAGAACUGGACACCCUCCAUGAGGAAUCCACCAAGUUCCAGGCUGUAGCUGAUGAAUAUAAUCGACUCAAGGAUCUGAAGCGGUCUCCAGAAUACCAGGCUAUGAAGCUCCAGUGUAAAAAACUGAGGCAGGAGCUGUGUCAUAUCAAACAACUGGUGAAAAACUAUGACAGAAGCUUUGCAAGGGGAGAGAAGACUAAUAUUACUGAUCACCAGGAUUUCUUUGUUUAAAACUGUACACAUGAAUGCAUACACUGUAUACAUCUAUACAUCAUGUCUGGGUCAAUAUAAAGUAGCACUUGAAAAAGCAAGAUCAUCCUACUUUUCUCAGAUUAUUGUA